CUGGACCUGGAUGCUCCGUGCAACCUGCCUAUUCCAGCGCUCAGUCUCAUUUCCAAGCGCAGUGUUCAGCUCAUCGGGGAACGAUGCUCUGUGUCUGGGUAGAAGAAUUCUCCUCUGCGCUUCAACUGGGUGAUCGGAGAAAGUGGUCAAUGUGACAUUGCUUCUAUGCCGUGUUCAGUUUAUUGUUCUGGUCCUGGACGCAGACCAGCUAAUCGUGUAAGAAGAUGUUGAGUCGAUUCAUGAGUGGCAGCAUCAGGAAUUUGGACAGAGAAUACAACUGCACCGUCAGACUUCUGGAUGAUACGGAGUAUACCUGCACGAUUCAGAGGGAUGCCAAGGGACAGUAUCUGUUUGACCUGAUCUGCCACCACCUGAACCUGUUGGAGAAGGACUACUUUGGCAUCAGAUAUGUGGAUCCGGACAAGCAGCGGCACUGGCUGGAGUUCACAAAAUCCAUCUCGAAGCAGAUGAAAUCCCAGCCUCCCUUCACCAUGUGUCUGCGGGUCAAGUUCUACCCACCGGACCCUGCCGCGCUCAAGGAGGAAAUCACCAGGUAUCUCGUCUUCCUGCAGAUCAAGAGAGAUCUCUACCAUGGCCGCCUCCUGUGUAAGACCUCCGAUGCUGCCAUGCUGGCUGCCUACAUCCUACAAGCUGAGAUCGGGGACUAUGAUCCGGGCAAGCAUCCGGAGGGCUACAGCUCCAAAUUCCAGUUCUUUCCCAAACACUCGGAGAAGCUGGAGCGCCGGAUUGCAGACAUUCACAAGACUGAACUCAUGGGGCAGACUCCAGAGACAGCUGAGCUGAACUUCCUGCGGAAAGCCCAAAUACUGGAGACAUACGGCGUCGACCCUCAUCCAUGCAAGGAUGUGUCUGGAAACCCCGCCUUCCUUGCCUUCACUCCGUUUGGCUUCGUGGUGCUUCAGGGUAACAAGAGAGUCCAUUUCCUCAAAUGGAACGAGGUGACCAAGCUGAAGUUCGAGGGAAAGACAUUCCAUAUAUAUGCAAAUCAGAAGGAGGAGAAGAAGAUCAUCCUGACGUACUUCGCCCCGACGCCAGAGGCCUGCAAGCACCUGUGGAAGUGCGGAGUGGAGAACCAGGCCUUCUACAAGCUGGAGAAAUCGAGUCAGGUGCGCACGGUGUCCAGCAGCAACCUGUUCUUCAAAGGGAGCCGCUUCCGAUACAGUGGGAGAGUAGCUAAAGAGGUGAUGGAGCAAAGCGCCAAAAUCAAGAGGGACCCGCCAGAAAUACACAGAGCUGGCCUGGUGCCCAGCAGGAGCUGCCCGUCCAUCACCCACGGCCCACGCCUCAGCAGUGUGCCACGCACCCGCCGGAGAGCCGUACACAUAUCCAUCAUGGAGGGUCUGGAGUCCCUCCGUGACAGCGCCCACUCCACGCCGGUGCGCUCCGUCUCCCACGGCGACUCCUUCAUGCCGCGCUCGCGCAGCCAGGCCAUGGAGGCCAGCGGCGGCGGCGGCGGCAGCGGCGAGGCGGUCAUCUCGGACGAGGCCUACUGCCCGUCGGACAGCGUGCUGCCCACGCCGGUGGCCGAGCACAGCCUGGAGCUGGCCGUGGCGCGCCAGGUCAACGGCGCCCCCUGCAGCAUCGAGGAGGAGAAGGAGUCGGAGGCCGGCACGCCGGCGGUGGGCGACGAGCUGGGGCCGGACGGCAGGGCCCUGGUGUCCGGGCCGGGCGCGGGCCUCUCCUCGCUCAGCGAGGCGGAACAGGUGAAUAAGUUUGUUUUAAGUGUCCUCCGCCUGCUCCUCGUGACCAUAGGGCUCCUCUUUGUCUUGCUCCUCCUCCUCAUCAUCCUCACCGAGUCCGACCUUGACAUUGCAUUUUUACGUGAUAUCCGCCAGACGCCCGAGUUUGAACAGUUCCAUUACGAAUACUUUUGUCCCCUCAGGCGGUGGUUUGCCUGCAAGCUCCGCUGGGUGGGCGGGCUGCUCAUUAACGACAAGUGAGCGCGUGCCGUGCGGCCCUCGGGGGGUUCGAGGCGUGGCGCGGCGCACACCCGGCCCACACCCGGCCCGUAGAGCGUAGAGAACCCGUUGGUGGGGGGUGGAGAAGACACUAAACGCAGCGCCGGAGAGAUGGAGGGGGAGCUCCCGUCCCGUCCCGUCCCGCUCCGCUCCGCUCCGUCCGUCCCAACCUUCGGCUUCUCUCAUGGUCCGUCCUGCAGACUCGCGCCCCCCCUCUCUCUCCUCUCUCCACCACGGACUGCCGACGCUGUGCCAGGAGCUCUCACCGUUUUUCUCCUUUUUCGUUUUUUGUCUCCUCCCCACCACCACCACCACCCCCCCACCUCUUGCGUUUUUUUCUCCUUCGUUUGUUGGUUGUUUUUUUUUACACUCUUCCAGUUUUACGUUCCCCCCCGUCUUUUUUUUUUUCGUUUGAAUUUUCUUUAAUAAAGACAGAGGAUGAAUUUUUUUUCUCACGUUUUCUCCCCCUCUGUUGGGAUUUCAGGUCAUUGCAGGCAUUUUAUUUUUACAGAAAAAGAGAAAAAAUAUGAAGAAACCAUAAAACUUACAAAGAACUAAAGAGUGCACUGUUCCUGAAUAGGGAUGAAUAUUUUUGUUGCAACAUGAGACAGUUGCCUUCAUUUGCUAUUUAUUGUUUUGAGUAUAACUGAGAAAUGACAUAUUUAAAGAAUGUGAUGUGAGAAGGGUGUUUGUGUUUGUGUUUGGUGAAGAGAAGCAGGGGAAAGGAGUGGGAUCUUUGAGGGGGAAGUGGAUGAUUGAGGCCAUUUUCUUUUCUUGUAGAAGGUGCAUCCUUUACCAUCAGUCACUCAUGGCAGCUGAAGGUUUUUCUCUGUGAACAAGGCUGGUGUGUAGGGAAGCAUACAGUACAACAUGAAUAACCGCAAAUAAUUCAACAAUUAACACAAAUGUACUAAAUGAUUACACUUGGACACACAACAUUGUGAGCGCUGUGAGAUUGUGCAAGUUGUCUGAAGAGAAGUUAAUGGCCAGGGCAAGGACGUCAGAAGAGAUAGUUUGAGUGCUUUGAGGGCAGUUGGUUUUUGAGUAUUGUUUGGAAGAGGGGAUUGAGCAUCACAUACGUUUCUAGGAAUAUAUUUAUGUGUAAGCAGUAGCAAGCUGUGGAGUAGAAUUAUGUUUUUUUUUUUUUUAAGUAAAGGGUUUUAUAAAGGAUACCAUAAAAUAAACCAGUAACAGUGGUGUUAUGUGACCCACUAGUGUGUCAAUAACUGUUAGAGAAGUGAAUAUGGUCGGUCUCUUGAAAACACCUAGCACCCAUAGAUCCAACCUAGCUAGAUGUGCAAUAUUGUAAAGUGAUGGGUUUUUUUAGAGGAAUAUUUCAAUCAAUUCUGAAGGUGUGCAUUUGCGUUAGCUUUGAUUUUUUUUCUUUCAUUUUCACUCUUAUUGUCCUCAUUAUGAUAGGACUUUUUGAAUUUGAGAGAUGACUCCUUGUAUAAAGAAUGACUGGUUUGUUUCAAUUCCAUAUCAGACAUUGCUCCUGAGUUUGUACCUUGUGAAUACCAUGCUACUAUUAAUUAUUAGAAUACAAUAACAAUGCUGUACUUUUUUGUACAAAGUAGUUAGUUUCCUAAUAUAUUGACAGUUUUUUCCAUGUAUAUUUUAACAGAACUGAAAUGUUAUUUUGUUAUUGAAGAUUAAAUUAUACCUUUUUUUAGCUCUGUGUUUCAGGUGAGUUGUAGAGUUUAUGGAAUAAUUGGAUGGAGUGAUAUUUUACAAGGCAAAAAGGACAGAUUUUCUUUUUUCCCUGGUCCACCUCUCACCAACCAACCUCUGUUACUCGAGCCAGCAGUGACACAGAUCUCUCUGUAUGCCAGGCAUGCAAGCGCGGCCUAAAAUAAAAACGUCAUAUCGACAGAGCAGACAUAGGAAGUUUAGCUGUCCAAGAAACACAACUUAAGCAGCAAUCAAAAGAAAUCAACCAGUUCUGGACAGAGAGAGAGGGAAAGAGAGAGAGAGAGAGCAAAAGAGAGAGAGAGAGAGAGGAUUUGGGCUAUCAGGUGCCAAAGUGCUGUCAGCUUUUGGUUGAUACCUCAGUGCUGUGAUUUGGUUGUUGGUUGAUUGUGAUUGCUGAACUGAUGGAUGGAAGAAAUAUCUGUUUAGAUUUUGUGUCUACUCCCAGUGUGUGUGUGUGUGUGUGUGUGUGUGUGUGUGUGUGUGUGUGUGUGUGUGUGUGUGUGUGUGUGUGUGUGUGUGUGUGUGUGAGAGGUGGAGAGCAGUUUCUGAGAGUUGUACGUGUAGCCCCCCUAAAAGUUGUUUUAUGUGAGUGUGUUUAACUUAAACUUAAUUUAAAGUGGAACACAGACAGAAAAGGAAGAUUUGUUAGGUCUUAUUUUUGAAAUAGGGAAGACUGGUUCACAAGGAGAAAUAACGACUAGAGGGCGGAGAAGAGAGCAGGGCGAUUGGGGAACAAGGGACAUUAGAGCAAUGAUUUUAUGCCACUAAAGGCACUGGCGGCCUGCAACUGAGGGAGGAGGUACAGGAAAUUAGGUCUCAAUCUGUACACUGUGACUGACACACGUCUCGUCCAAUAAGCCUCUGUCAAUCCUCCUGUUGGGUCUGCAAAAGUUAGCGCAGUUUAGAUGGCUGGUUGCACCACACUACAGUAACAGCAGAUUCCUGGCUGAAGUACUAAGAUGCCACUCAUGUAGUCUUGGUCUAACAGCAUUGUUUUGAACCUGAUACCCACCUGUUUUGGCCAUCUCAGUGUGCUAUCAGUGGGUCUGUGUAUAAAUAACAAUGACCGUCUCAACCAGUAAUGCAUAGCAACAGUCAACAUGUAUGCUAGUCUAUAAUUGAUCAUCCACUACACAGCACACUACGGGGGCGACAUCAGUACAAAGGCACUCGCAAUGUCAGGUUAGGCCUGAGAGCUGUGUGUCCUUGCGUUUUGAUGACGCCUCAGUCUGUCUUAAAGGUACACACUUUGAUGGACAUCUAUCUUAGACUCUCAUUCUGCCCACCAGACUACAGCACCUAUUAUGUUACAGGGCUAUCUCAGCUACAACCAUAUUAUUUCUAACAACUGUUUCUGUUAGCUGCUGAAGGGAGGACAAGUUGUCUUGCACAUGUGCUCUAAGUUUGUGAAAUGCUGUAAGGACUGUACACGCCACAGGAGAUGAAAACCUCUACAGAGAUUCGUGAGACGAACGUGCAUGCUUCUUACUUUUUAAAGUAUCAUGCAUGCAUAUCCAACAGCAAGUGCAACAGCAGAAUGGCUUGGAGAUGGUUUGAAUCCAACAGACUGCAAAUUAAGACCAUGGUGUCUUAACGUGACAUUUAUGUAUCAUUUAUAUUUGCUUAUGUUCUUCCCUUUCUUGAUGGACAAUAAAAACUGGAUUGUAUUUUGAUUUGUUUUCCAAUGGGUGAGAUUUGGUAAUAUCAAUGGUCAACAUUGUAAUUCAUUUUACAGCAUAAUGUAGCUUCAAUGAUCCUUCCAUGCAUGCACAAAACUAAAGGCAGCACCAUUCAACUAGCAAUAAUUUGAAAUGUAAAAGGGAAAUUCAAUAAUCUGCAUUGUAAAAGGGUAUCCACAAAGAAUUGUACAAACAUCUGAGUUUCGUAAUGAAUUAAUAGCAGCUGUGGAAUCAGAUUACUUGAUUUUCUUGUCAUGUGGAGUCAUUUUUGUCUGAUCAUUUCAAUGCACAGCCUUGAGCUCAAUACACUGUUCCAAAAAUAAUAAUAAUGAUUUUUAUAUGAAGACAAUACUAGUAAUUGUAAAAGUGGAUACAGUAUUUAAUUACUCCCCAAAAUAUUUGCUACAUUUUGUACACAUUUCGCUUCCAUGUUUUCCCUAUUUGACGAUUCUGUCCAUGUUUUUGUUGUUCCUGUGUGACCAGCAAACUCUGCCUCUACCUGAAUCUCUCCAAAACUUUUCCAAAGCCGGCAAGUGACAGGCUCUGAGAACUAAGGUGCAAUACCCGCGUUCUUUGCUGUGCUGCACAAACACUCUGGCUCUUUGUCUUUCGAGCUCUGGCAUGUCCCUCUGCGUUGUGCCCUGGCACUCUUGUCCUGAUAAGAGUGUCACGCAGUGUGUGUGUGUGGCAUGGCCGAGGAUGCCCAUUGUGCCAGCCAUGAGUCUUGACGAUCAAGUGUAAUCGGUUGUCUUCAAGUCACAUUCUUGCAGUAAAAGUACGGAGGUGGGGGAUACAACAAAACAAUAAGAACGUGUCCCUUCUAAUCUGGUCCGUUUCCAUGGUAACACUAUUAUUUAUUUCAUUUGAGUUUUUUUUUUUUUUUUUUUUUUCCCCGUCCUGGUCUUCCUCUUGGGAAGCUGGUGGUAGUACUUUGUGUGGAAGCUGAACCUGCCUCUGGCUGCCUGUGUGUGUAAAGCAGUAUGAUAAAGGGGGAAAGUGCAUAAUGACUGAAGUUACACCAUAUGCUACCAACCAUAUGCUGGCAAUCAUUCUGCCAGAGUGCUUUCAUCAGCUGGUCCUAUAGACUACUGAACUGCAUUGCAGCUAGUGUGGCCCCAUGGCACACCAAAAGUAACAGGGUGGAAGAAGUCAUUUGUAAUGCUGUGGGUAUAUGGGUUGAAAUGUACUGUAUGUCUCAUUUCAUUUCAGUUUGUAUCCACUGGGUCUUGGAUGUAUUAAAGCAAACUUGACGAUAUGUACAGGCCUACCUAAAACUGCCUUCUUUUUCACCACCAGCUUAAUACAAGUUUUACUUAUGUAUGUAUGUAUAUGUAUGUAUGUGUGUGUGUGUGCGUGUGUGCUUGUAUGUAUGUGUGUGGUUAUGAUCAAGUGGUUGUACUGUACAACAGCUGAAUCCUGUGUAACUGCUACUGUCGACCACUGAUCUAAACACAUCACAUGACACACACCGCUCUAGUCAAAGUGGCCAGCAGACAUCUCUGCUCCGGGAGAGGGAUUCCAGCCCUGGGGAAAGCACCCAAAGAGUGGGGGAAGCACACGUUCACAUACAUGUUUGCUUAUUUAUUUCUCGGUAGUUUCUCAUGGCCAUUUCUCCCGUCACCAAGCCUCUAUCUCCUUCUCUCCAUCUGCCCAGAAACUGAAAGACUGAAAUGAAAUCAGUAAUUGUAACUUGCUUCUACUCAAUGUAUUGUGCUUCUGUCACUUCUACCGGCCCCUACACUCUCCUCCCAUCUCUUCCCCCCCGCCUCAAACACACUCUCUUUCUCCAGCAGCUAUGUGCGCGUACACACACAUGCCCAGAAUGUGUUGGUGCAUAGCUGUGCCGUAGACAUGUUUUAUGUAUUUCUGUAUUCUGCAUCUUUUUAAACUUGGGAUUGGAGGCUGCUGUUUAGUUACUUAAUAUAUAAAUAGAUAUAUGAAUAUAUACAAAUUUAUGUGCCAAAUCCAGUUCCUGUUGAGUCUGACUCAUUCCAAGACCAUCUUUGUACUGUAGGAAACCUUCCAUACGAAACGGUAUGAAAUAUUGUUUCUCUGAUAGUCCCUUGUAACUGGUGCCAUGGAAAUAUUCAAACUUGAAAUAAACA